UAAACACAGAAACAAAAGUGUUCUUUGUAAACGUAAAUGUUUGUGUCAAAACCUUCUGAUUACCGAUAUCGUUGAUAUCGCGGAUAUCUGUUUGUAACAAAAUACCUGGCAAAAUACUAUAAAAAUAGUCAAUAUUUUUUAACAACGAUGGAUUCCAGGAAGAAUAAAAGAUCAUCAAGCAGUAAGAAAAAUGUUUCCAAACAGGAAUCCAAGGGUUCCGCAAGUAAACCACUUCCGGACGGAAGCGGAUCUCAACCAAGAAUCCUGCUGAAACCCAAGGAAAACGCUGAUGUCCAGAAGAAGCCGGAACUCACAAUCACGAUUGCUACCAAAAACCCUCCUCCGGUGAAACCAGAACAGCAGCAACCUGCAGCCAAAGAAGCAGCUGCUAUCAAGCAGAGACCAGUGCAGGAAAUUCCACAAGCCAUCACGAUCGUGAACAGUAUGGUCAAGUCGGUGAAUCUGGUCAAUGGCAACAAUGCUCUGAACACGCACGCAUUCGACUAUCUGCAUGAGAACAAUUCGGAUUUUUUUGUGAUCGGCGCCAUCGGUAUGCAGGGAUGCGGAAAAUCUACCGUUCUGAAUCUGUUGGCUGCGGAACCCACGGAGGAAGCCAUUCGGCAAGCGGCCUUCCACGUUGGAGGUGGUGUGUUUCCUGUUGCGAGCGUUUUCAACCGCAAUGAAGCGGCAGAGUUCGAGGAUGCAGAGAUUCGAAUGCAUAUCACAAAGGAUCGGAUAAUUUUUCUGGACAGUGCGCCGGUGCUUUCCAACCGAGGAAACAAAGAUUUUGUAUUGAGCGAACUGGAUGAUAUUCGACGGAUUAUCCUGUUGCUGAGUGCAUGCCACAUCCUCUUGGUUCUACAGGAAGAUUACUUCAACAUCAAUUUCAUAAGAUUAUUACGAUGUGCAGAAAUGAUGAUCCAACGAGAUCAGAAAGAUACGCAAUAUUUGAAUCCUCGGAUAGUUUUCCUGAAGAACAAAUGCAACCGCAAUAGUUUUACGACACAAGAAAAGGCAUUACACGAAACAAUCUACAAGCAAAUGUUGAAGGAUACAAAGCUAAAAAUCCACUCAAACGAGGAUAUCAAGGAGAAAAUCAAUGCAAUGUAUCUGCCCAAGCUGAGCUAUGAUAAUUUCUUGUUCACCGAUGACGAAAGCAGUUUUUCCUGUGUUCUCAAAUUGCGACAGCGUGUAUUUAUGACACCAACUCAUGACGCGGUGGAAGGACGAGAGAAUUUGACGGAAAAAUCAUGGUCGCAGAUCGUACAUCACGUAUUGGAAGGCCACAACAAUAACUACUUUUUGCGAAAGUAUGAAAACCUCAAGGAGAAGUACAACUUGCACAAUCACGUCAAUGUGGUGGAAAAUGCAGCGAAGGAGAAAAGUUAUUUAAACUUUAUAGAUACUUAAAUAAAGAUGUUAUUUAAGAUGCAAGAAUCUACCAAUGUAA